ACGAUUUGCAGUUGCGACUUCGACUCGGCCGUGUUAAGGUCUCGUACGAGGUUAUGUUCACCGAAUAAUCGGUCCAAUGAGAUUUCAAUUAAAAUCAACGUUUGUAUUAAAAUUCAAGGCCGAGUAAGGAUUGACCUUCACCCUGACAAAGCGAAAUAUAUUGAAAUAAAAAAACAAAAUCGAAAUUUCGGAAUGACAAUAAGACUCGAGCCAAAUCAAAGUUUAUCCUUACGAAUAAUGAUCCCUAAAAGUUAUGUGAUUAAAAAGUGCACGAAAUAGAGAAAACAAGAUUUUGGAAAUUGCAGUUUCAACGUUUGGAUUGGAGAACUAAUGCAGACUGAUCUUAAAAAUUCAUAACCCACGAUCAAAAGACCCUGGUAUGAGCAGCGCUUUGUCCAUGUAUGAUGGCUUGGAAAAAGAGCCCAAUCCUCAGAAUGCGACUUUGGACGCCACAGGAGGAGCAACCAAAAAAUUGGCCAGAGGAAUUUCUAGAGCCACGGAGAACGCAGCUAUCGUCUCUUACGCUCGGUCACAAUUGGCAUCCAGCAGUUCUGUAGAUACUCCAGAAUUCACAUUCUCACUGCCUGAUUUAUCCAUCUACCCUGAUUCUUUUCGUCAGUUUUUGGAGAAGGAUCUGAUCGAGGGAGGAUGUUUAAGUUCUCUAGAAACAGCGGGGAGAUUGAAUUGGUGGUGUGGAGGAAAAAACAGUGGGACUCGUGUCCUGUGGCCACUGGCGACUCAGGGAGAUGGCAAUUGUCUGUUGCACGCAGCUUCCUUGGGAAUGUGGGGUUUCCAUGACCGUCUACUCACACUGAGGGAUGCAUUGCACAAUACUUUGGCACGUGGAGAAUUUCGUCUUGCGCUUUUUCGGAGAUGGAAAUGGCGACAAAUGGGUUUAAACGCUGCAGCAGGCUUGUCGUACACAGAGGCUGAAUGGUUGGAUGAGUGGCAAUCCAUAGUGGACAUGGCAUCGGCAAAUCCACGUAAUCAAAAUGUCACGUCAUAUCAGAGUUUAGAAGAAGUCCACGUACUGGCGCUUGCUCACGUUUUACGAAGGCCGAUUAUUAUUAUCGCUGAAACAAUGUUACGCGAUUCCGAAGGUGUUGCACUCGCUCCGAUACCUUUCGGUGGUAUUUAUCUUCCUCUCGAAGUUUCACCCUCGAUUUGUCAUCGAACUCCCCUUCUGUUGGCUUAUCACUCGGCACAUUUUUCACCACUCGUUACCGUCGACGGUGGCAACGAUUGUGCCGAAAAUGGUGGUGAAGGCGUCAGUAUUCCCCUCGUUGAUCCUGACACCGGACAACUUCUUCCUGUUCUCUUUGCCGUCGAUCCUGGACCCGAUUGGGACUGGACAGCUUCGCAGGAGCUUCUCGAGUGUCAACAGGAUACUAUGCAAAUAUUGGUUCGGGCAUAUCUGGAUUGCGAGUAUCAGAUCCUGACGUCAGAGGAUCUUGAGAGAAUUUCAGACGGCGAUGGAACGCUGUUGAACCGACAGAGCAAAGCAGCCAAACAACUGCUUGGCGUAGCGAAACAAUUUGGCUCGAUCGGUAAAUCCGUGAGCAAAAGACUGUGGUCCAUGGCCAAAAGACCCAAAAGUCCACCGGCUCUGGCCAAUGGACCGAGCGCUGGGGAUGGGGUUUUGUGUGUCCGAAUGAAAAGUCGACGUCAUCAGUACGUCGAGCCAAUGUUGCAGAAUUAUUUGCAGUGUGCUCACUCAAGGUAUUUGGAAGAUCAUCGGAACGAUGGAUUGCGAUCCGAAAUGAAUUAUGGUGCAGGAAAAUCGAAAUUUUACGCAGCUAGUGACAGCGACAGUCAUGCGAGUGUGAGCAAACUUCAGCCCAAAAAUACGAAUAAGGAUCGUACACUUUAUCUUUCCAAAUCAACGUUUUACAAUGACAAAACGACUUCUCAGGAACCAGAAGCUGAGCUCUGGAAAAAUUCAGACGUCCUCGAUGGAAUCGUUCAAGAGUGUCGCAGUGAGCACUGCCAAUUCUUCGGGGCGCCGGAAAACCAGUACUACUGUUCUCAAUGUUGGGCUAAUCGGAGACAGCGAUAAUAAUUAUCCCACUGUCUUCUCAUUAUUCAUAAUGAAUUAACCAACGAUAAUAAUUCAUUAUUAUAAAAAAAUCUUUAUUCGACGAUUAUUUUUUCUAAAUUUUUCUUGGCUCUCUUAUGACAAUAAUUCGAAUCCAGAUGAAUGAGAAUUGGGUGAAAUAGUUUGAGAUUCUCUCACGAGCAGUAAAGUCAACCGCUCGAAUGGAAGAAAAAGAUUCUCUUCUUAAAAUACUGAAACGUUUGCAUAAUUUUUUUAGUAUGAAAACAUGAAUGAUAUUUAUUUACAUUUAAGUCUAGAUUUCGAAUGUUCAGCGACUUUGUUCCUCAUAAACAAAUGACUUUUGUUACUACAUGAAAACAUUGAGGAAAAAAGAAGUUUAUUUUGAACCAUCGGUUUGUUCCGGUCGUAAUUCGUCGAGCGAAUAUAGAAAAAAUGCCCUAUUCGUGAUGGAGGUUCGAUCCAUUUACUUACGUUUUUCUUUCUUAUUUUCGUUCUACGCCUUUGCAUUUGAUUUUCUUCAUACUUAUUUAUUUAGUUAAGUGAUCCUCGAAACUCAACUCGACAUUUCCCAACGAAUUGAGCCUCUCGCGAAUCCACGAAUUCUGAAUUCCGAUCUUCCAUGAAGAAGAAUUUUGUUGCAGCUCGAAGUGCAUUUCUGCCACGUGCAAUACGAAAUAUGGGCCUUUUUUCAGUCGUUUCAUUACAGAGUUCUGUGCUUGUAUUGAAAAGUUUAUUUGAAAGUAUGAACAAAAAUUGUUCGACAUUUUUUUUUUCUUUUUUUUCCGAUGUAUUCUCAUUUUGAAUAUUCGAUUGCUUGCUUGAGGAUCACAAAUGUAACGAAAUUUAAACAAAAAUAUUUCGCGAUUAUUUUUCGUCGAAAUCGUAAUUCCUAAGAGAUAAGAGAACGCUUUGUUCAUUCAACCGAUUUUCCUUCAUCGGUAUUUUAUUUCCAAUUGAAAUUUCCAAAGGUGGAAGAGAAAAAAAAUAUUUUUUUAGAUCAUAUAAAAACAAAAGUCAAAAUAGAUUCAUAUAUAUUUCUGAAAGAUAAUGUAUUUUCGCGUUGAAUCGCUUUUUUUUCUCUGAUAAUCAUCAAACCGAAGUCCGACAUAAUGGCGAAAAAACGAAUAUGAAAGAAGAAAAAUAGUAAGAAAAGGUAGAAUACAUGUUUCGGCGUGUGCCUUGGUCUCGUACGAAAAGUGAAAGAGAAACGAAGUAGGUAAAAAUACUCAGAACAACGCAAACCUAGAAAAAAAUUCAUUGUGACUUCAUAAUUUCUCACUAUACAUGCAAUCAUUCAAAAUUCAUUUUUUUUUACGAAUUGUUUCGAUUGCAAUUUCGCACUUACUGAGAUUAAAAAUGGAAAUUCCAGCUGCUAAUUUUCUGCAGAAAAAUUUCGAAAAUCAAUAAUACUUCACCCUCUAUUUUUUUCUAUCGUUAACAUUUAUUUGAGCUUGUUUCGAUGAUGAGCGAUAAAAAAAUGAUACAUUGUUACUACCGUAUUACGAUAGUUCUAUUGAGGUUAUGUUUUUCAAUUACACUUUUCAUUGUUACACUCUGAUUCGAUGAUCUAAUUCGACAAAUAAUUAUUUGCCUGAGCAUUACAUUCAAUGUGAUUACGCUUGCGAAUAAAAAAUGCAACAAACUGUGUGAAAAAUAAAGAAAUAUUUUUGUAACA